AUGCCCGAACCAAUCAUCCACAUCAACGGCUGGCCCGGCGUGGGAAAACACACAAUUGCCAAGGAACUUCAAAGACAAAUGUCUGGAAAUGGUCGCGUGAUUCAUAACCACCUUCUCAUCGACCCCGCAGGAGCAAUCAUGCCUCGCUCCGCUCCAGGAUACAAACCCCUCCGUCGCAAGUUCCGAGAGGUAGUCUUCGAUUCUUUAGCAACAGACUCAGACACAUUCGGCUAUACAUACAUCUUCACAGACUGCCAAUCCGACACAGACGGUGGGCCCGAAGUCGUGAACGAGUAUGCGGAGGCAGCGAAAUCUCGAGGAUGCAUUUUCAUCCCUGUCGUUUUGACUUGUGACUACGAAGUCAAUGAGGAGAGGAUGAUAUCUCAGGAGAGGAAGGACUUGGUUGCGGGAGGGAAGGGUAUGACGCUUGAUACGACGAUACUACAAAGAGUUCACGAACAUAUGACGAUUUUUAAGUUCCCGUGUGCGGAGCUCUUGGAGUUGGAUGUUACGGAGUUGAGUGCGGAGGAAGCUGCUGCGAGGAUUUUGGAGCAUAUGAGGGGAAUUGAAUGGCUGGGUGAGGAAUGA